UAAGCUCGCCAAUUUGUCUAUGAUAUCUUGAUUCGUCGAGCGAUAUCCGACUCUAAUAGUUGCACCUGCUCUUACGCUCGUAUCCGUAUCUUUCGAAUCGGUAGUGAAUUCCUAUUUAUCAAUCGGUAGUGAGUCGUUAACUCCCCUGAGUCAAUCUCAGUCAGAGCGAUACGAUCGUACGAUGGACAUAUUUUCCGCUUUAAUUUUACUAAUCGGCGUCGUUAUUCUUGUGGCUAUUGUGACAUGGAUGCGUGGGAAAAUAUUCUACUGGCGGCUAAAGGGUGUUCCAGCUGCCGGCGUGGUACCUUUCAUAGGGAGUUACAUGCCGCUAUUCUUGCGCAAGCUCGCGCUCCCUGAUUUUCAAAAGUACAUUUACGCCGUGAAUAUGGAAUCGAAGUACAUAGGGAUGAUGGAUUUUCAUACGCCAUCGAUUCUGGUGAGAGAUCCGGAACUUGUCAAGCAAAUCGGAGUUAAGCACUUCAACGACUUUCCGGACCACAAACCGGUGGUAGAAGAAUCGACCGAUACGUUUUUCGGUAAAAUGAUGUACUUCGUAACCGGUAGACGGUGGAGAGAGAUGAACGCGGUAAUGAGACCCGCCUUCACCUCCAGCAAAAUUAAGUUCAUGUCAGAACUGGUGUCGGAAAUUGCGACGGACUUCGUCGCCUAUCUUUCGCGUCACCCCGAGCAGACCUCAUCCAUAGAAAUGAAGGACGCUUUCACACGUUUCACGGCCGACGCCAUAGCCACAGCAUCUUUCGGACACAGAGUCGAGUGCAUGGAGAACAGAAACAAUGCCUUUCACGCUUGGGGAAAGGAAGCCACCGAUCUGGGAACCGUGUCGGUUCUCUCCAAAAUAAUCAUGUUCCGUGCCUUUCCGCGGCUCACGCGAUGGCUGGGGUUGUCUCUGAUAUCCGAAAAAUCCGCGCAGUUCUUCAAGGACUUGGUCAAGGAGAACCUGGCCAACAGGGAGAAGCACAAUCUAACCAGGCCCGACGUGAUACACCUGCUGACGCAGGCCGGCAAAAAGGACGACGGACUCGAAAUCACCGUCGACGACGUUAUCGCUCAAUCGUUCAACACGUUCUUCGCGGGAUUCGACACAUCGUCGACCCUGAUGUGCUACUCUGCCUACGAACUCGCUGUCAAUCCCGAUGUGCAGGAUCGCCUGCGCCGCGAGGUCGACCAUUUCCUGAACGAAGGCGCAGGGGUUAUCACUUACGAUUCGCUCAGCGAAAUGAAAUACAUGGACGCCGUGGUGGCCGAGGUGCUCAGAAAAUAUCCACCGUUGCCCUUCACCGACAGAAUAUGUCGCAAGUCGUUCGAAUUACCACCGGCGUUACCGGGAGUCGACGCGUUCACCCUCGAACCGAAUAUGGUCGUUUAUUUCCCGAUAUACGCGCUGCACCACGACCCCAAGUACUUUCCCGAACCGGAGAAGUUCGACCCUGAGAGAUUCAGCAAAGAGAACAAGUCGAAGAUAAUCCCGUAUACUUACUUGCCCUUCGGUAUCGGUCCCAGAACCUGUUUGGGCGAUCGUUACGCGCUCAUGAAUAUAAAGAUGAUACUGGCCCACCUAAUCGCGAAGUUCGUUUUAAAACCAACGCCGAAAACAUCGAUUCCUCUGAAGUUUUCCACCAAGUCGUUAACGAUGGGUGUCGAGGGUGGGUUUUGGCUGGAGUUGAAACCCAGAGAACUCUGUUAACUCUUACCAACGAAACGAAUCUCCUUAUUAUCACGUAUCACUCGCCUACGAUUCCAGCUUCAUCCCUAUUAACCGUUCGUAUUUUUUCCUCAUCUGAUUGAAUGACACUGCGUGAGUCUGAAUAAAAUUUUUA